AUGAAGGUGUCUGUACUUGAAUGGAAGGGGUACUGCACCUGGCAUUGGGAUUUAUCUUCGUCUCUUUCCAACAAUGGGAACAACAGUGGGUACAUCGAGGAGCUAUGUGGAAUUUGUCGUGUCUCUUUUGAUGGUGCAUGUCCCACGUGCAAGUACCCCGGUGACGACUGUCCCAUUAUACUAGGAGAUGGAUGCACUCACAACUUUCAUUUACACUGCAUAUUGAAAUGGCUUGAGCAAGAGUCGUCAAAGGGAUUGUGCCCUAUGUGUAGACAGAUAUUUACCUUCAAACCAGUUAUGGACGGCUCGCUGGAGGAGUAUUCCAACUUAAAAACAUUGAUUGACGGGCACAAAGUGAUGAGGGAAAGACUACUGCCAAAUAACGAACAGGAGUUUGAAGCUUUUGAUGGUUAA